UGGCGACCAAACUAUAGCCAAACGGCGUCGUAGUACACGUCCAACUUCAACAAAACGCUGUCGUAUUGCUCGGUUUCCCUUCCCCCAUCCCAAAUCCGUCCUUAUCAGUCCUCCAACCUGUGCUCUGCUAGCAAUGCAAUAAUAUUUAUCUCCCUACAAUUCCCCAACACUUACGUUUAUGUGUGCAUGCUGAUCAUACAUACAUACCGUUUGAUAACGAUUGUUGGUAACUAACUAACUGGUGAUUGUAAUGAGAUUUUGUUUUUUGGUUUUUGAGGCCAGAAAAUGAAUAUGGAUCGGCCUAUGGUGAAUCCGGGAAUGGAGAUGCCCAUCAUACACGACAGUGACCAGUACGAUUUUGUUCGGGAUAUCGGGUCGGGUAAUUUCGGUGUCGCAAGGCUUAUGAGAGAUAAACGGACCAGAGAGCUUGUUGCAGUUAAGUAUAUUGAGAGAGGGGAAAAGAUAGAUGAAAAUGUUCAAAGGGAAAUCAUCAAUCAUAGGCCUUUGAGACAUCCUAAUAUAGUGCGGUUUAAAGAGCUUAUAUUGACCCCGACUCAUCUAGCAAUUGUUAUGGAAUAUGUCGCGGGAGGGGAGCUAUUCGACAGAAUUUGCAACGCAGGCCGCUUCAGUGAGGAUGAGGCCCGGUUCUUCUUCCAACAAUUGAUAUCUGGGGUCAGCUACUGUCAUGCUAUGCAAGUUUGUCAUCGAGACUUGAAGCUAGAAAACACAUUAGUAGACGGAAGCCCUGCUCCCAGAUUGAAGAUAUGUGAUUUUGGUUACUCAAAGUCUUCUGUCCUGCAUUCACAGCCAAAAUCAACAGUUGGAACACCAGCAUACAUUGCUCCAGAAGUGUUAGCUACUCAAGUAUAUGAUGGCAAGAUCGCAGACGUGUGGUCGUGUGGGGUGACACUAUACGUCAUGCUUGUUGGUGGCUAUCCUUUUGAGGAUCCAAAUGAGCCAAGAGAUUUCAGGAAAACUAUACAUAGGAUUCUACAUGUUCAGUAUUCAAUUCCAGAAAAUAUUGAAAUAUCACCUGAAUGUCGCCACCUGCUUUCGAGAAUCUUCGUUGGUGACCCUGCACAGAGAAUCACAAUGGCGGAAAUAAAAACACACGAAUGGUUUCUGAAGAACAUGCCUGCAGGUCUGAUGGAUGAAACCAAUCAGUUUGAAGAGCCUGAUGAACCUAUGCAAAGUGUGGAUUCAAUCAUGAAGAUAAUAUCUGAGGCUACAAUCCCGUCAGUUGGUCUUUAUAAUGACCUAGAUAUGAUGGACGAUGAUCUAGAUAUGGACCUAGAUCUGCAUGACUUUGACUCUGACCGCGAAGACCUUUAUAUUGACAGCAGCGGUGAAAUCGUGUACGCUAUGUGACCAAUCAAGCUUAUAUGUAUCAAAGAUGUAUACGAACACGAAUAUUGGCUUAUGGUUUAUGUAUGUGUUGCAAUUGUGUUGUAUAUAAAACUUGAAAUGGAAACA